CUAUCACUGUCCUAUAACCUUUUCUGAGCUUUUUAUGUAUUCACUACAAAAUACAUGGGGAAAGACUCAGCCAGUAGGUACAAUUUUACGUUUCACGAAGGCUAACGUUACCACGGCCGUCUCAGAAAAAAAAAAAAAAUCUUGGAGAGUUCUGUCGUUAUGCAGCUGGCAAGUUCAGCGGGCAACUAUUUACAGCAGCUGAAGAAUGGAGGCAGUUUUGACCAGGCUGAAGGGCCUAACUGCUGAUGAACUACGUGAGGAAUUUGCCCGGGCAGACCUUAAGUGUGUUGCCAUCACAGCCACCACCCGAUCGAUCUUUGAAAAGAAGUUGGCUCGAAUGCUUGCUGGGCCAGAGAGUGGUACCACUGAAACGGAAAACGGAUCCUCUGCAAGGGAUGCAGAUGGCGUGACUUCAGUACCUGACCAUGACAAACCUUUACCCUGUCCCAUCUCAAGUGUUGCAGCAAGCAGCGGCCCAAAUGAUGAGCUGGACUUCGGCUAUGGUGUGGGGCUCAACCCGCCAGAGGAAGAGGAGAUCUGUGACUCUCAAUCCAAAAUGAACACUCCUUCAAAAAUAGCACAAGUAUCUUCAGCCUUUUAUUAUGGUGUAUGUCCAUCAUGGGAGGACAUUUUGUCACGAAAUGAGAGAGCACAUGUUUACACAGAUAAGAAAGAUGCCCUUCAAGCUGUAAAGGGGAUGAAGGGAGCACGCUUCAAAGCCUUUUCCAACCGUGAGGAUGCUGAGAACUUUGCCAAGGGGAUGUCUGAUUAUAUCCCCUCUCCCAACAAAUGUUUGGCAUCCAUAUCUCCUUUCAAACCAAGCCAAACCAUCAGUAAAGACUUCAUUGAGGUGGAUACCAUUAACAGGGAGAGGGCCAACAGUUUUAAGAGCCCACGCACCCAGGACUUGACUGCCAAGCUGAGAAAAGCUGUGGAAAAGGGAGAUGAGGUGGCCUUCAUUGAGAUAGUCUGGAGCAACCCACGCUAUCUCAUUGGCUCAGGAGAUAACCCCACUAUUGUUCAGGAGGGCUGCAGGUACAACGUAAUGCAUGUGGCAGCCAAGGAGAACCAAGCAGGCAUUGCCCAACUUCUGCUGGAUACUUUGGAGAACCCAGAGUUCAUGCGCCUCAUGUACCCCGAUGAUCAGGAGGUUAUGCUCCAGAAGCGUAUCCGUUACAUUGUCGAUCUUUACCUCAACACUCCAGAUAAGGCGGGAUUUGAAACACCUCUCCACUUCGCCUGCAAGUUUGGGUGUCCAGAUGUGGUCAACGUGCUGUGCUCGCAUCCUGACACAGAUAAGAACCGCAAGAACAGCAAUGACCACAAACCUUGUGAUAUUAUUUGUAGCAGAAAGAACACGACGACAAAAGAAGUGAGACAGAAAAUACGGGACUAUUUGGAGGACCGCUGCUACAUCCCCUUGCUCAGGGCAGCCGACAACACCUCUCAACCCAUCAUUGGUGCUCCCUGGUCACCCGAAGCCUCAGAGAGCCUCUCACUGAUCCAACGACACGCAAAAAGCCCGUUGGAUCCCCUGAUGACUGUCGCAGCCUUUGCUGGUCCACUGAGUCCCUCAAAAGCAGGAGAUUUUCGCCGUUCGUGGAAGACACCGCCUCGGACUCGAGCAGAGCAUUUCCACAACAUCCUGAAGUCGGAUCCUGACCGUGGUGCUGAGCGGGUUGGCAGAGAUUUGGCUCAUGAGAUGGAUCUUCCCUGGGCGGAAUACUGGGCCUUCCUUGACUGUUUCAUAGAUCUCUCAUCAAUCGAGGGUCUUCAGAGGCUUGAGGAGUACCUGAGUAGGAAGGAUUUCUUUCCACGGACUUGUGAAGAAGGAGAGAAUGAGACCAGCAACAGAUUUAAAACUCCUUCCCCAGGCAAGCCCAAGAAGUUCUGCAACUCCAUCUCUGUUGGUGCCUUCUUGGAUGAGGGUGAAGACAUUAGCCUUGAGGAAAUGAAGAAUAGGCAGAAUGCAGCACUUACCAGCAUCACCUCCUCCGCCACAUCAAUGGACAACCUGAAGGGUGCAGUGGGAGGUCACGACUUCCACAUCAUGCCAAUGGGAAUAAAGUAUCGGGGGGACGACCUGAUUGAGACGGCAGCCGAGCAGGACCUACUGUCACCUGGCAUCUGCAAAAAUGAGGUGUGCUGUUCCUCAAGAGAUGAGAUUCCCAAUGGAGAUAACAUCUCUCCACGGAGCUCCCCGUCUGCCUCCAGCAUGCUGUCACCUGUCUCCAACCUCUUGGCAGAGUUUGAACGCAUGUCGUUACAAGACCAGCCCGAUAGCCCUGACGGGUGCAGGGAGAGGAGGAGCAGUGGGAAUCGCCACAGAGAGACCCUUGACUCAUACAGCUCCCCCAUUGGCACAGACCUGAAUUGUGGGCUGAAGCGACUCUCGAUUGGCCAUGGCAGCCACAACAGCGAAGCCUUGAAAGGAGGCGACACAGAAGAGAGAUGCAACAGCGGCAGCUCCGAAGAGUUCUUGGAUGCAGACACGGACAGCCUGGAAUUGAUGAGCAGGACAAGGGGCGCUGCUUCAGGGCUGCGCAACUUCUGUGCAAGGUCCAAAUCAUGGGAUCACGGUGGGAGAGACCUGAGCAGCUCGGGUUCAUCUGCAUCCUCCUUUAAGUCCUUGGAUAAUUCCCAUGAGUUCCUUCCCAGAACCCCACCUCACAUUAGAACAGGACUCUUUAUCCAUGGGGAUUCACCUACCAAGUUGGACAGAGAUGUCCUGUCAGCAAUAGGGGAUGUAGAGGUGGAUUUCCAAAAAUAUCCCAGUCUUCACAAGUGGAUGAGCACAAUGACAUCCUACUCUUCCUCAGACAUGCAAAGCUGGCCGAGCCCCGCAGUGGUCAACCCACGACUCAGGAUGCAGCACCAGACUCCUGGCUCUCCGUCCGGUGUCCUCGUGUCUCCCUCGGGUCGUUUCAGUCCCGCCCGCCGUAGCGCCUCACAGGACUUCAGCCCGAGCCGCUACAGCCCCGCAAACAUGAGCUACAUCCAACGCAUUCGCCUCAAGCGCUUGAACGAGUCAUCGAUUUAAAGGGUCUAUUCCUCAACCUCCGCUUAACGGAAAGGAAAGACUGGAAUGGAGUGGAAAAGUUCUGUUGUUGACUUGCAGCACACACUAUCUAAAAAACUUAAAAUGGAAAAAAAAGAAACCUCAGUGAUGUAUUUACUUUGUUGGUGCAGACCGUGUGAUUUGACGGUGAUGUUAUUUGUGACAAGUGUGACGCACCUGUAUCAUAGCCCAACUCAACGUUUUUGGAUAUUGUGAAUACAAGCCACACUCCCCAGUUUGUCUCACACACGCACAUACACAAAAAAUUCAAGUCGGGGUUCUUAGCAGUGAACUCAUUCUUAAAUGGAUGCUGACAAUAUUUUAAGAUUGUUUUUUGUACAUUGGUCAGUAGCACAAAAAUGUAUGUUUUUUUUUUUUUUUUAAUUACCAUGAAAAAUGUUCAACCGACUGCAAUUUCCUGUUUUUCUCAGUUCAGUACUUGCCUUAAUUUUCUGAAGUGAUGGACUCAUUCUGUCAAUUUGGACACAAACAUACUCGAGCUCACAUCUGGACAACCUUGUAGGCUGCAGCAUUUCUGCAAACCCAGGAAAACUGAAUGAUUCUUCCAUGCUUUUGUUCAAUAAAUAGAUUUUUUUUUAGCUUUUCUCAGUGAAUCCGGUACGUCGUGACUUUUCCUAUCUGCAACCAUUCUGGAUAAUUCUUCAGUUGAUGUCUCAAGACAUGUCCAUUGUGUGUGUGACUCACACAAAGAAAAGUCAAGUUUUAUUUUGCAGUUAUAGUGCAGAAAGAAAAAAAAAAAACAAUUACAGACAAGUUGGAGAGCCAGUUAUGUUUUAGUUUUUAAAAAGAUUCUGGCUGAUAUAAAUGUGCCAAUUUGCAUCUCCAAAAUAGGUAAUGGAAGAAAGUGUAAAGACAUUAAAUGAAGGGGGGGAGACAAUCUGUGUUGUGAGAGGGUUUUUUUUUUAUAUAAAACAAAUUUCCACGUACACUUGAUUUGUUCUGAAUGUAAUCUUUGGUGAACUCAACCUUUCUCAGAGAGCACAAAGAACUUUGCUGAGGAGAUUGUCAUCACUCUUGUGCUCUCAGGUUAGACGAAGAAAAAUUUUGCUCUUUGAAUGUUUCUGAAUCUGUGGAGCUUUGCAAAAGUGCCCCCAAAACCCUUCGACCAUGCUUCUUGUGCUUUUUGCAUUAACUCUUGAUAACUUCUCUUCCUGUAUGUCAAAAAAGUUUGCUUUCAAGUAGUCAAUAAAACAUCACUACUA